AUGACGUUAGUAUAUUUGUAUCCAGACGAGGAUCAUGACGUCAAUGAUUGUAUACGAUAUGUGUUGUCGCAAGUGAGGUCUCUAUCAACGCCCAGUAUCAACUAUUUCAACAAAACAAUCCCGGAUAAAUUAUUGUAUAUAGUCGGGGAUGAUGACUUGUCCAAAUUAAUCGAUUACAACAAGGUUGAUGACCUUCCAGAUUUAUUGAACUCGGUCAAUAGUGUCACGGAACAUACAGUCUUCAUAGUAGAGUCACUUGGCCUUAUAGUGGCAAACACAAAACUAGAUUAUAACGAGCUAAACUCUAUGGCAGUUGAUUUAUUUCAAACAUUAAAGAAGAGGGGGGGAUACAUCAUUGAUGAAAAUAGAAACAACUUCGUCGUGCUCAAUUGCCACAAAUCAUUAGCCGUCUCUGCUGAUAUGCUACAAGACAUAUAG